AUGUGGUCCUCUCCAGACGAGAAACUGGAAAACAGGUCUUCCAUGUUUUUUCGGAAGAAUACUAAAUCUGAUAUGCGGAAACAAUGUAAUCUAUCAUACAAGAAAUCAUCCUAUCAUGCAGAAUACAACAUGAAUAACAACCGUGGUUUUCGAGGAAGAAAGAGAGGUGCAAGCUAUCGCUGGCAUAAAUUUCAUAGGAAGAACGAUCAUUUUGAGGAUUCUGGUGCUCCUUAUGGCACAAUGCUGAAAAGGAGAAGACGACGCAGUAAUGAAGACCAACUUUUUCCUUCUGUGUGGGAAUAUAGACAACCGAAGAAGAGUGAAAUAGAUCGGUCUGCUCACAAUGAAAGCCGGAGGAGCUGGUUCAAGGUCACAAUUCCAAGUGGAAGAAAGUAUGACAAGACAUGGUUAAUGAAGUCAAUCCAGAACCUCUGCAGUGUGCCCUUCAUCCCUGUGGAUUUCCACUAUGACAGAAACCGGGCCCGGUUCUUUGUUCAGGAUGCUCGGACUGCCACUGCAUUGAAGGAUGUCAGCCACAGGAUUUGUGAUAAGAUGAGCCGAAAGAUAUCUAUCUUUGUCAGUCCUUCUGUUGUACCCUACUCUGUGCAGAAUAAGUUUACAUCAAAACAAAUGGAACAGAUAAAGGUUGCUAUGAUGAAACGAUAUGAUGCUUCCCAAAAAGCUCUGAACCUUGAGAAAUUGCGCUUUGACCAAGAGUUAAUGGACAAUGGUAUUGACAUGAUGCUGAAUCGAAGAACCUGCAUGGCUGCCACACUACUGAUCAUUCAAAGCAAUCUCCCUGAACUGGUGUCCUUGAACUUGUGCAACAACAAAUUGUACCAGCUGGAUGGGCUGUCUGACAUAGUAGAGAAGGCCCCUCAAGUUAAGAUUCUGAACCUCUCUGGAAAUAAACUGAAGACAAUUUUGGAGUUGGAGAAGGUGAAAGAAUUAAAACUGGAAGAGCUGUGGCUAGAAGGGAAUCCCUUCUGCAACAAGUACUCGGAUAAAUCUGACUAUAUAAGUGCUGUACAGAACCUAUUUCCCAAGUUGUUGUGCCUGGAUGGCAAUGAGCUAAUAACACCAAAAAAGAUGAAGAACGAAGUCCCCCAGGCAAGCAAGGAUACCUGUAAAGGAUCUGAACUCACAAAAAAUCUAAUUCUACAGUUUCUGAAGGAAUACUACUUGUUUUAUGACAGUGGAGAUCGACUCAGUCUCCUUGAUGCUUACCAUGAUGAGGCCUGCUUCUCCCUCGCCGUUCCUUUCAACUUCAGCGACCCACACCUGAACAACUUGGAGGAGUAUUUCAAACAUAACAGAGAUAUAAAGAAGCUGAAAGACUCAUACAUGAGACUGCGGUUGCUGAAGCACACAAAACAAGACAUUGUGGAGUCUCUUAGGUUGUUACCCAAAACUCAACAUGAUUUAUGCUCUUUCUGGGUGGACUUGUGUUUCAGCACGAAAAUGAUGCUCUGUUUUUCUGUCAAUGGACUGUUCAAGGAAGUGGAAGGAAAAUAUCAAGGUUGUGUUCGUGCUUUCACCAGGACCUUCAUUGCUACCCCUUCCAGAAAUUCAAGAAUAUGCAUUAUGAAUGAUGAGCUGAUUGUGAGGAAUGCCAGCCCCCGAGAAAUAGAGAAUGCCUUCAAUUCAUCACCUGCACCCAAUUCUUCUCUCAAGUCUCCCCUCUCUGAAGAGCAGCAGGAAAUGGUGAAAUCUUUCUCUGAGCAGUCUGGGAUGAAACUUAAUUGGUCUCAGAAGUGCCUUGAAGAUAACGGGUGGGACUACACCAAAGCUGGUGAGAUCUUUACUAUUCUCCAGAAUGAAGGCAAAAUUCCAAAGGAAUUCUUCAAAUAA